AUGGCCAACUCCAACUCCAACGACCUGGAUCCUUAUCAGCAGGAUGCCAGUGCCACCCAACUCUACAAUGAGGCGACGAAUGUCGAGGACUCUGAGGGGUCGUGGGAGACAGAGGCAGUUGAGAGCGGUCAAGCAGCAGACGCUGUUUGGGCUGGUGCUCCCCACGGCGCAACCAUUGUAAAGCGCCUUGGAUCCGGUGGCUUUGGCUCAACCUUCCAGGUUGAGUGGCAGAACCAGCAGAAGGCGCUGGCGCUCAAAGUCUGCGUCAACGACGAGAACUGCCGCGUGGGAUGGGCCAACGAGGUCGCUGUCCUUCGCCGUCUUCACCAGGUGCCAGGUGUUGCACAGCUCCACUGGGCAGGCUACAGCCCCAAGCACCUGUUCUUGCUGCUGGACCUCGGAGAGAUGGGGAACCUGUCUGCGUACAUGGCAGCAGGUGGUGUGGGCUUGGGCGAGACCCUGCGUGUCAGCCGAGAGCUGUGCACUAUCCUCGCGGAGGUGCACAGGCGGGAUGUUCUCCAUCUCGACCUCAAGACCGCAAACAUUGUCCUGACAUCGGAUGAGCAGGGAAUGGUCCACCCGGUCAUCAUUGACUGGGGACUUUCCAUGUUUCUGGAGGAUGGACACUGUGUACACCGCCCCGAUUCCACAGCAGGCUACAUGGCACCAGAGCAGAGGGACUGGAAGAAGGAUGUGACAGCAGCAGUAGACAUCUGGACAGUUCUCCUCAUGAUUGUCGAGCUCAUGGAGGGGGAGUGCAUUUCAGAAGUAGCAUGGAAUGCUGAGCUCGAGUAUGAUCAUGAGGCGCUCAACGCUGUGGAUGAUGCCGAAAACCUGCCGGUCCUGGGCCCGGUUCGGGGGUGGUUCAAGAACGAGGCCUGGAACAGCAACAUCGGCGCAUCCUUGCAGCGAGCGAUCAUGGAUUGGCUGUCACCGGACCCGGCGCUUAGACCUUCGGCGUCGAGGAUUGCGUCGGACUUGAAGUAUUGGGAGAUGCAGUACCGGCGUCGCAUGGGUCAUUCGACAAAGGAGACGACUUCUUCGCAGGUCUCUGCGCGACUUCCGACGAAAAUCGGCCACCGCGUGACGCUUGGCGGAUACUGCCGUUGCCUUCUCCCGUGUUCGACCUUUACGGAGGCCCGCGAUGGGGGCCUGGACCUCCGCCAGUAUCAUCUCUUCCCCCCUCGUCCACCUUCCAAAUAG